AUGAAGUUCGCUUUUGUAUUGUUAUUAAUUUUUCUGAAGAAACCGUUAAUCUUCAGCGAAUCGAAUUGCAAAGAUUUUGAAACAUGUAGUGGUUGCAUAGGAUAUGCUUAUGAUAAAUGUGUUUGGUGCCCAGCAAAUUACCAUAGCGGUCGACGCUGCCAACCCUUGAAACACGCAACAACAGACGAAGCCUGGUGCAACGAAACAUUCUACAAUCCACCGCAUCACGAUUACAAGGUGACACAAAACUACGACUUCAAUGCUGGCUCAAACGGCGAGAAAAUCUACCAGUUCAAGCCCCAGGUAGCUCAGAUUAAAGCUCGACCGGGUGCUUCUAUACCCAUAGAAAUGUCCUACAAACCGGCCAAAGAUUAUCCAUUGGAUGUGUAUUAUUUGAUGGAUUUUUCGUUCACAAUGAGCAAACAUGCAGCGACACUUGUGAAACAGGCUGUAGAGAUAUACGAAGAGCUCACAAAAUUGACUAACAACGUUCGCCUUGGCGCUGGAAGUUUUGUUGAAAAACCUGCUAUGCCAUUUGUUGAUGUGAGACACCAGAAAUCCUUCUCGUUUAAAAACCAUUUAUCUCUAACAAACAACGUAACGUUAUUCAAUAAAAGUAUCGGCAGUCCCGAUGGUAGUAACUACGACGAGCCAGAAGCUGCAUUAGACGCUUUGAUGCAAGUUAUGGUCUGCAAAGAUGAAAUUGGCUGGCGCAAAAAUGCAAGAAGGAUAAUAGUUUUAAGCACUGAUGCAACGUAUCACAGCGCAGGCGACGGUAAAUUUGUUGGUGCAAUCAAACCAAAUGACAUGAAAUGCCACCUUGAAGACAAUAUUUAUUCAAUGGCUCUGACAUACGACUACCCAUCAGUAGGUCAAAUAGUAAAGGUGGCUACUGAGAAUAACUUCAAAAUCAUUUUCGCUGUUGAUGUUAGAGUGAAGAGGGCAUAUGAAGCUCUUGAGAAGAAAAUAGUGGGAGCUAAAUAUGUGCCACUAAAUGGCAACAAUAUGGUGAAUAUGAUAAAAAACGAGUAUUUGGAACUUGUAAGGUCCGUGAAAAUUGAUGCAGUUGUACCACCUGGUAUGCAAUUGACGAGUUUAGAACCAGAUUGCACAAAAGCAGACAAUUGUUACAUAAAACAUGAACAAUCGCUCGAUGUUAAAGGAGUUUUGAAGAUAACCUCGUGCCCUUUGAGUGAGGAAAAUGUAAAAUAUACUAUGGAAAUUGGUCCAGUGUCGCUCGAUGAGAAACUAAAAAUUGAAGUCGAAGUUUGUUGCCACUGCGACUGUGAAGCGAAGGGAGAAGUUAAUUCACCAAUGUGCAGUGGUGCUGGUACGUUCCAAUGUGGCGUGUGUAAAUGUAACAAAGAUAGAUAUGGAAGUACCUGCAACUGUAUAGGUGCUGAAACAAAUUCUGUAAAUUUUGACAAAUGUAAAGCCAAUAAAGAUGAUGCAAGCUAUUGUAGUGGACGCGGAAUCUGCAGAUGCGGGAAAUGCGAAGAAUGUAAGCAGGGCUUUUCUGGUGAUUUCUGCCAAUUUGAUGACAAUUCCUGCCCAAGACCAGGCGGUCUUCUAUGCGCUGGUCAUGGUAAAUGUCAGUAUGGUAAAUGCGAAUGUGACGCUAAUUGGAUUGGCAAUGACUGUCGUUGUCCAAAUGACGAACAGAGUUGUAUGGCACCUAUUUCAAACGAGGUGUGCUCGGGCCGAGGCAAGUGCAACUGCGGCGAAUGUAUCUGCGAAAGAACAAACGCAACAGACGAAAUAUGUUCGGGAAGAUUCUGUGACGACUGCGAGGAACUGACUCAGAAACGCUGCAAAGAAUUAGAGGAUUACGCGCUGUGCAACUUCAACUUUAACAAGACGUACUGCGACGAAGAAUACGAGCAGGCCACUACCGGCGUGACUUUCCUUAACAAAACGGAAAUGAACGAUCCUGUCCACAAAUACAAAGCAAAGUGGUGCGAGAAAUACGUAGACGAUGAUAGGUCGCUGAAGUUCCUUUAUUAUUAUCCACCGGCGUCCAUAAACACGCUGGAGGUGGUUAUUCAGAACGAAUUGAAUGAACGUGGAAAAGCGGAUGUUUGGGUUGCUGUUGGAAGUGCAAUAGGUGGUGUUCUGCUCAUCGGUCUCCUUAUGGUGAUAGGAUGGAAGGUUCUGAUCGACUUACAUGACAAAAGAGAGUAUGCCAAAUUUGAGAAGGAAUCAGCAGCUGCGGGAUUCGACGUCUGCAAUCCACUCUACCGAACGCCUGAUGUUAGAUUUACAAAUCCAGCAUAUUCACAGGGGGAGAUGCUGAUGUAG